AUGGCCGUGCCGGGACCCCGAGCUUUACGGGCUGCGCUCUGCGGCGGCUGCUGCGUCCUCCUCCUGUGUGCCCAGCUCGCAGUGGCUGGCAAAGGAGCUCGAGGCUUUGGGCGGGGAGCCCUGCUCCGAAUGAACAUCUGGCCAGCGGAGCGAGGGACCUGCAAGCAGCUGAAGCUCUGUGAGCACUGCGUGGAGGAGGACAGGGCGCACAACCUCUCGGGCUGCGUGUGGGAGCAAUGUCAGCCCGAGGAGCCAGGACACUGUGUGGACCAAGCCGAGGUGGUCCAGGAAGGUUGCUCCGUCUACAACCACUCUGCGUCGUGUCCAGCUGCCCACCACCACCCCACCCACGAGCCGAAGACAAUCACAACAGAGGGUCCUCCUGUCCCCGAGGCUCACAGCCCUGGCUUUGACGGGGCCAGCUUCAUCGGAGGCAUGGUGCUGGUGCUGAGCCUGCAGGCCGUGGCCUUCUUCGUCGUGCGCUUCUUCAAGGCCAAGGACAGCACCUACCAGACGCUAAUCUGA